CGAGCGACGACGAUCUUGCACGGGUGAUAGGGUGGUCCGGAGACCCUCCGGUGGUAACCCUUUGCUUGCGCGGUCACCACGGCGCCGCGUGUAUGUGUGCCGAGGUCGAUUCCGGUGCAAAGUGAAAGUCCACGUUGCCACCAGUGGACGACCCCGUGCGCGCCCACCGAUGGUCGUGAGAGGUGAUCGAUCCCGGUGAUCGUGAGAUCGUGAGUGCGAAUCGUGCGCGCGAAUCACACGGACGAGCCGAGCGCGUUCGGGAAGUGCGUUUGACGAGAGAAUUUAUUGUUUGCGUUUGGUUUUUGCGUUGAUCCCACUGAUCGGAACUGAGAGAGAGAGAGUGGUAGAGACUAGGGCGCCGAAGGGUGGAAGAAGGGACACAUUGGGCUCCCCGUUGGUUUCCUGCUGGACGGGAUUUAGGGGCACGGGACGACGCAAUGAGUGAGAGCCAAAGGAAGGACAAUGACGCAAGAAGAAGUGUUGCUAGCGAAUCGGUUGGAAAGCUGCUGCCGGCUGUGCUUUUCCGGUGAAGAUCUGAGCUGCAGUCUGUUCCCGGACGACCGCUCCCGGGCGGACCACCACCGCCAGCACCGUCGCCCCCAGGCGGAGGAUCGACGCGCUCGGAACGGUGUCGAGGAGGAGGAUCGUCGUGAGCAGAUCGUCGAGAUGAUCUUGGAGUGCACCUCGAUUCAGAUAACCUUGGAGGAGGACUACCCGGCGAAGGUCUGCGAAAAGUGUGUCGAAACGCUCGACAAGUUUUAUCAGUACCGGAGGCGCUGCCUGCUCAACGAUCAGAUACUGCGUACCGAGCGACUCCGAGGUCACAUGAGUGGCAAGGCGGCGGCAGCGGCAAACCAUCAUCGCCUGCCGCCAUCAUUCCCGCAGGUAGAAGGGACACAAGCGCUACAAACCCUCCAGCAGCAACCGGCGGCGUUCUGCUCACCGUCGAUUAGGAUCAAAAGCGAACCGUUGGCGCUUCUGGAACGACCAUCUGCUGACCGGGAAGGCGACCGGGACGAGCAGCAGGAUGAAGAGGUGGACCCGGAGCGAAGGGGCCGGCGACGAGCGGGAGGGGAGCACGAUGGUCCAUCGGCAGCACCACCGCCGCCACCGGCGGAGUCGUCUUCGUCGAUCCUACGCAGUAUAUUGUUGCAAACGCGCGAUCAAUCGAUCACUGCCGCCAGCCAUCGUUCGUCGCCCAACACGGACUCGGAGUCACCGGCGCGCCAAACACCUCCGCACCCGGCCACGCAUGCCUCGCCCGGUGCAUCGGCGGGGGCCGCUGGUUCAGAGGAGGACAUUAAACCCUCGCUGCUACAGCAGAUGCUUCUCCAGCAAGGAUCUCCGGCGCGAUCUUCGCCACCGAAAGCGCCGUCCAUCGCUAGUAGUCCCGUUUCAGCAGCCGUCCUCGAGAGUGCCACAACGACCCCUUCCGCGUUGGGAUCCUCUUCGUCGCUCCUGAAACGGAUGCUGCUCGAUGGUGCCGGCGGAAGUAGUAUGGGAGCCGGCCCGUCACUGGAGCCGCUGCCCAGGACGAAGAGUGAACCUCCGACAACGGUCGAUUCGCCAUCGCCACCCGUCAUCGGCGAACCGGGACGGGCCGUGGAGAUGGCGGCCAAUGAAACGCCGCUCGCCUCGCAGCUUCGGUCCAUUCUCCUGCAGCACCGGUCCGUGCUUGCCUCGCACGACGGCCAGGGCACGGAACAGUCUGCCGCCACUGCGACCAUCCCGCCCGAGAAGCCCGAAGUGUCGUACGUACGAAGUUUGUUCCUGCGAAAUGACGCUUCGGACGACUCUGACGGUGAACCACCGGCAACGGAUGAUCAGCGGGAGCUGCUCUUGUACGCGAUGUUCCACGAGCUCCGCGCACGCCAACAGCAGGCACCCGGGGGGUGCUCCUCGGACGAUUCGGACGAUUCCGAGGAGCUGCCGCACGACUACCGGAUGCCGAGCGUCGUCCGACGCCGGAGCACCGAAUCGUCGACCGAUUCCCGUGCCAGUAAACGGCGCCGUACGGAGUAUCCUUGUCUGCUGUGUGGACGAUCGUUUGCCGGCCGCACGAAACUCGUGCUGCACAUGCGCACGCACAUGAUGGACACGGUGGCUGCGGCCGCCGCAGCCGCAACAGUGCCCUCGGCACACUCGCCACAUCCUGCGCCUUUGGCGAACGGUGGCGUUGGUGAUGACGGUAACCGUUCCCCCACGCUGCGAGUCGCCGCUAACUUCCACAACCACUCGCUGCUUCUGGGUGGCCACCACCCCAGCGGCGGUGGCAUUACUGCGGGCGAUGGAGCGGCCGGUACCAACGAGGACGAAAUUGAUCUACUGGAGCGGCGAUCGUACGCGUGCUACAUUUGCGGGGCCGAUCAGAGCAACCUGCAGCAGCUGCGGGAGCAUUUGCUGGCGGCUCACCAGGACCGGGUACGGUCCCGCGGGAGGACGCGCGAGCGACCGAAAGCGUCGAUCAGCUGCGAGAUUUGUGCCCGCCAGUUUCGUAGCCAGUUCGCGUACGGCGAGCACAUGCGGACGCACACCGGCGAGCGGCCGUUCCCGUGCGAUCAGUGUGAUAAGCGAUUUCCGCGCCGGUUCCAGCUGCUCGGCCAUCUCUACAACGUUCACAAGCAGUCCUGGGUGGCCGACGAAUCGAAGGCCAAGUUCGCGAAGAAGUGAACCCCCUACGGCGGGGGGACGUGGGACAGAGCGGGGAGGGGAACAACAAUACGAAUUUUACCUUUAUAACAAUAUGGGUUUUUGUCCCUGUCGCGCUGUAACAAUGCUGUAGUGAAUUAGAGAGAAUGAAAGAAAACAAUGAACUCACAACGGAUGUCCGAGACACAUACACAUUAUAUCUUAUUUUUUCUGUUCUGUUCUGUGUAGUAUGAUUGU